CAACUUCAAGGACCCGGAGCUGAGGAGGGGUGUGUGGGCGGAGCUACUAUUUGAGGUCCAGGUGGUCGAAUCUGCGUUAAAAAAAAAAAAAAACGCACCAAACAUUAGGAAGAAGUGAGCGACAUUAUUGAAACAGCUCGACCCUGAAGCUCCUGGUAAGCAACCUGUGUAAGUGAGAAAUCUGUUUUCAAAGAAAGCAAGCCUCCGGGAUCUGCAGCUUCGGUGGUGCGUCGGAGGAAAAACGGACCGAACAGGAGCGAGUAUUUUUCCAGGGUUCACUUGUAGAUUUAUUUAUUUUUUUAACCAAAGAAGCCAACUUUUUCCGAACAAGUGCAAGGCGGCUUGUUCCAGCGUCAAGUGGAGCUAUGUUCAAGAAAAGCAAGAGUAAAGUGCUGGUGGAUUAUGCGUCAGAGGAAGACGACAUGUCCUGGCACUAUCAUCACUCCUACAAGGAUAAAGACAUAGAAGGAGAGGAAGAGGAGGAGGAAGCUGGGAAUGCAGUAUCCAAGGAAGCAAAGGUGAAGAAGAUCAUGUUGAAAAAAGAGAGGAGGGAGAAGAAGAUGUUCUCCUCUAAAGAUGAUGAGCACUUCUUGUUGACUGGAAUGAAGCUGCCUGACCGCAGAGGGUCCCACAAGAAAAUGAAGGACGAUGAGAAAGAGAAAGAAAAGAAGGACAAACAAGAGAAGGGCCAUUGUUUCUGGGAGAGCGUUACAAUGACCAUGAGGCAGAUCUCACCUGCAAAAAAACUGGAGAAGAUGGAGGGCUGGGAGCCGCCACAACUGGCUAACCCAACUGAGACUGUGACCGACGAAGCCCAGAAUGACAAUAGCAAGAAGGUGGACUUGCCAGUGUCUUUCUCAGACUCUCUAAACCUCCCGUUAGAAAUAGCUUCCUGGGGAGGGCAGGGUCUUGAGGAGGAUUCAUCCCGCUAUGCUAACCUGACAGACUCCAAGGAUUCAGCUGCUGCCAUAACGUGGACAUCCCGUGCCAAAGUCAAGCUGGCUGGCAUCAGCAGGAUGAGCAGAGGGAUUGUGUCAGAGGGGGCGUGGGAGGGGUUCAAAUAGUAGAGAUGUUAACCUUAGAGAUCCGUCCCUUUGUACCUGAUAAACAUCAGUAAAGAGGAUGAAGACAUGAACAAAAUAUCUGCUUGUGUCUGGACUGAACCGCUGUUGAAGUUGACUGGUUUUAGGAUGCUCUGGUAAAAGCCUAAAAAUGACACAAAGAGUUUGUCAUUCUAUUAGCUUUCAAUUCCUUGAAGGCAACAUUUGUCUGUUUUUCAAUGGGCUUUAUGCCAAAUUCACAACACCGACAUGAACUGUAAAGGACAACAAAUGAAAGCCAUAAACUACUGUACCCUUUAAACUGUGAUAUCCACUGGCCUGGCAUUGAAAUAUGGUAUAUUUCCAAUGAAUGAGAAGCCUGAUUUUCAUUUUAUCGCCUCAUUAUUCUAGAAAAUAAUUAUGCAAAUGUGCUACUGAAGACCUUUAUGGUAGUUUUUCACUUACUGUCUGUCUAUGCGGUCACAUCUGGCCUGACGCCUUGAUUUAUACAUCAGUAAUGGACUUAAAAUCUGUACAGUCAUGAAACAAACAAACGCACCCUUUUGGAUUCAAGCAUAUGUUUGUGAUGAAAAGGAGGAACUGAAAAGAAAGUGAGUUCGUGUAGGACAUGCACAAUCCACAUUUGGCUUUGCAAAGGGGAUACAAAGUUCUGUUGUGCUUGGAUUAUGUGAGGGUAAUAAAAAAAAAAUCCAAGCCUUCCCUCAGUGUCAUAGAUUUGCCAUUUGUAAAUCUGAUGCAGGACAUUUAUAAAAUUUUAGUAAAGAAAAGAUAGAGGAUGAACUCUUUUUUACUCCCACCCCACAAAGAAGCUGCUGAGUCCAUGCUUGUACCUAAGAAGUGCCUUAUAUCAAUAGAAACUUCAUGUGUUUGUUGUAUAUUUCAAUCAGACCAAAUCAUCCUGACUGCACACCUGCUGUUCUUAUUACACUCUGUGAAGCUGCAGGCAGGUCAACCCAGCAUGCAUCUGUGCUGCAUUCACUUCCUGGGUGAGGCAGUUCUUUGAUGCUGUUUGCAUAUCUUUAUAUUGUAUUAACUGAGACUACGUAGUCAUUUCAUUUCCACAAUGAUUAGAUUUUUCCUUUAGGUGAAUAGGAAAAUGAUAGUGUCUGCUUCCUUUUCUUUGUUUUAGAUUCAAACUUUUUACUACAUUAUUUUUCCUAUGGUUGCUUCACUACAAACAGAAGUGUACAGAGAUGUACUGCAAAGCCAACUUCCUGGGACACAUUUCUUAAAGUAGAAUAAAGAUUUAGUCUCAAA